AUGGCGGCGCUCGAUGUGGUCGACGUGCGGACGGACAUGCGUCUGCAGAGGUUCGACGGCACGGACGAGAAGUGGGGAGACUGGAGUCUCAGGUUCGAGGCCUACACGGCGCUGCUCGGCAUGGAGGAUCUCAUGACCGAGGCGGCCAAUCGGCGGGAUCCGCUGCCGAACGACCAGCUCGGAGACCGUGCGAGGGCAGUUAGCCAGCGGCUAUGGCACCUGCUGAUCACGUGGUGCGAUGGCAAGUCGCUGGGAGUGGUCAAGCUCUCGCGGAAGAACGGCCUCGAGGCGUGGCGCCAGCUCAAGAUAGAGUAUGAAAGCAGAUCAGGCAACAGGUGGACGGCCAUGUUGCGAUUCAUCCUGAACCCCCAGGACAAGUGGGCGAAGUGCCGAGAGUCGGGCAUCGACUUCUUCCAGUCGCUCACCGCCUGGGAGGCUAUCGCGGCAGAGUGCGUGGACCAGAGCGGAGAGGCCGUCUCAGACAACGUGCGAGUGAGCGUGCUGCUGGUUCCUGAGGGUGUGAAGCUCACGUUCAGCGCGGCUCGGAGUCACAUCCGAGGUUACUACAACCAAGGACGGACCUUCACGCACGUUCCAGACACGGGCGGAGUCGCGCCGAUGCAGGUGGAUGCAGUACGAGGCGGACCUCCCACAGGCAAAUCUCAGGGCAAAGUCGGCAAGACGGGCAAUACGGACAAGUCAGGAAGGACUGGCAAGAACCUGAAGGGCGGCAAGGACGCGAAGACCAAGUCGAAGAAUCGUGACGGCAAGCACGGACACGGCAAGGGCCAGACAGAGUACUUCGAGGGCGAGCGCGGCUACUGCGGCAAGUGGGGCCACAAGCGCGCGGACUGCAGGAAGAAGAAGGCAGACGACGCCAAGAAGGAGACGGGUAACACGCGGGCAGUCCAGGGCGAUGCGGCGGCAGCGGGCUCUGGGCAGCAGCAGUCGGACGGCUCGGUGCGUGCUGCAUCGGGCUACUAUGAUGGCGUCCCCGACGGCUGGGUGUUCGCGGUCUCGGCGACGACGGACGGCAAGGUGGCGAGGGUCGGCGGCUCCAUCCUGAUUGACAGCGGCAGCGACGACCACCUGUGCAGGCACAAGUUCGUCCCAGAGGCCCCAGUCAACAGUGCGGCAGAAGCGCCGAGGCUCUUCGACGUGCAGCAGAAGCCGUUGCCGACGGCUGGCCUUCGGGGUGUUGAGAUGACGAUGCAGGAGGGCAUCAAGGCGACGGCGGACUUUCUCGUCGCCGACGUGAACGACGACCCGCUGAGCAUGGGCGAGCUGCUCAGGCAGGGCUUCAAGUUCAAUCUCAGUCUGGAGGACGGGCUCUACAUGACGAAGGGCCAUCGCAGCGUGCGGCUGGAGCUCGAGCGGAACAGCCUCAGGCUCCCGAUCGCGCCCGCGGGGCCCGCGGCAGCUGCGCACCACUGCCGCGGCGCGGCAGAGCAGCAGGAGGCGGCGACGGCACCAGUGCUCACGGCGGAGAGCUCGGUCGGCGCGCUGAGGACCAGGCUGAGGGAGUUGUUCAUGCCGAUCUACGGCACGAAGCUUGAGCUGUGGGAACGGCUCAUCGUGGCAGAGGCAGCCCACAGGCGCUCGGAGGCAGAGAGGCAGCACAAGCUGGCAGUGAAGGAGCAGCUCGGGAUUCAGCACGACCCCGUCGAGGUGAGGCAGCUCCCUGUGCCGAAGGCCCCGAGCGCGGAUGAGGAGAGACAGCAUCGCCUUACCCAUCUGCCUGCUGCGCCGUGGUGCGAGGAAUGCGUCCGGGGCAAGGCUCCAGACGCCCCUCACUCGCUGGUCAGGCUCGAGGACUCGGAGCAGAAGCACCCGCUCAUCAGCUACGACUUCGGCUUCUGCAAGACGGCCGACGAGGAGGGGGACCUGACCAAGGUUGAGGAUACCUACGCGACGAUGCUCGUGGGGUUCAGCUCGGACACGGGAGUGGUGAAGGUGAUUCCAUGUCCAUCGAAGGCGGCAUCACCAUACGCGAUUGCAGGCAUCAAGUCAUUUGUGCAGCGGCUCGAGACUGGCAAGUGCAGGCUCAGGACGGACACGGAGCAGGCGACGAAGGCCAUCCUAGACGGCGUGGCCAGCGAGCUCACGGGCAAGAUCACACCAGAGCUGACCCCGAAGCACAGCAGCCAGUCGAACCCAGCGGAGGCAGCGGUGAAGAUAGUCGAGGGCCAGACGCGGGUUCUCAGGCUGGACCUCGAGAAGCGCUAUGGCACCAAGGUCACGGCAGCGAUGCCUAUCUGGGCCUGGAUGAUGCGACACGCUGGGUGGCUGCACGAGCGGUUCUCACGGCGAGCUGGAGAACAGACCCCACACGAGAUAGCGACGGGCACCCCCUACAAGGGAGACAUUUGCAACUUCGGCGAGACGGUGCUGUAUCGGAUUGCGCGGCCUGCGCGUCGAGGUCUCACUGGAGGGCGACGUCUACACCGAGGCGAGGCCCAGUGGGGCAGAGGGAUCUGGGUCGGCAGAUCGGACGAGUCUCAGGAGCACCUGGUGAUGACGCCUCGGGGGCUCGACCGCGCGCGGACGGUGCGACGGCUCCCCGAGGGAAAGCAGACGGACAAGGAGCUCCUGCUGACGGACGGGGCUACCCUGGGCUACGAGGACGGCUCCUGA